UGUGGUGCAAAGAUGGUUCUCGAUUUGGACUUAUUUCGUACCGACAAGGGCGGCGACCCAGAAAUCGUCCGUGAGACUCAGAGGAAGAGGUUUAAAGAUGCAACUCUGGUCGAUAAACUGGUCGCCGCGGACACAGAGUGGAGAAAAUGCCGCUUCACUGCGGACAACCUGAACAAACUGAAGAAUCUCUGUAGCAAGAGCAUCGGGGAGAAAAUGAAGAGGAAGGAACCAGUUGGGGACGAUGAGUCUGUACCAGAGGAAGCACAGAACCUGGAGGUUCUAACAGCAGAAACUUUAUCGGCCCUCACAGUUACACAGGUCAAGAAAGUGCGUUUGCUUGUGGAAGAAGCUGCGGAGAAAACCGACGCAGAGAGGCUAAAGCUGGAGGCGCAGAGGUUCGAGUACCAGAGGGAGAUCGGCAACCUGCUGCACCCGUCUGUACCCAUCAGCAAUGAUGAGGAUGAAGACAACAAAGUGGAGCGUACCUGGGGGGACUGCAGCGCUCAGAAGAAAUACUCUCACGUUGACCUGGUGGUCAUGAUCGAUGGUUUCGAUGGAGAGCGUGGAGCCGUUGUGGCUGGGAGCAGAGGCUAUUUCCUAAAGGGCCCUCUGGUGUUCCUGGAGCAGGCCCUGAUCAACUACGCCUUGAGGAUCCUCUACAGCAAACACUACACCAUGCUGUACACGCCGUUCUUCAUGAGGAAAGAGGUCAUGCAGGAAGUGGCCCAGCUCAGCCAGUUUGACGAAGAGCUUUAUAAGGUGAUCGGUAAGAGCAGCGAGAAAUCAGACGACAGCGCCAUAGAUGAGAAAUACCUCAUCGCCACCUCCGAGCAGCCGAUCGCAGCCUUCCUGAGGGAAGAAUGGCUGAAGCCCGAGGACCUGCCGAUCCGCUACGCCGGCUUCUCCACCUGCUUCAGACAGGAAGUGGGCUCCCACGGGCGGGACACCCGUGGGAUCUUCAGGGUUCACCAGUUCGAGAAGAUAGAGCAGUUCGUCUACGCCUCCCCACACGACGGUAAAUCCUGGGAAAUGUUCGAUGAGAUGAUCGGAACGGCGGAGGAGUUCUACCAGUCGCUGGGAAUUCCUUACCGUAUCGUCAACAUCGUCUCCGGUGCCUUAAACCACGCAGCCAGUAAGAAGCUGGACCUGGAAGCCUGGUUUCCUGGCUCAGGUGCCUUCAGAGAGCUGGUCUCCUGCUCGAACUGCACCGACUACCAGGCCAGGCGUCUCAAGAUCCGCUACGGACAGACCAAAAAGAUGAUGGAUAAG